AUGGAGCUCGAUGACAAAAUCCGGGUUAUGAUAGCAGGCACCCCAGAGACCACAUCCAGUCUCAGAAAUGGCCAUUCUCCAAAGGUUGUUGUGACUCUCCGAAAAUCAGCUGGCUCAUCUUCCCAGGACAUGGCUGCACGGAGCGGGUCAGGAGCUUAUACAGAGCAUGCGCAGUGUGCUCCAUCAAGAAGAAAGGACUUGACAAGUUCUCUUGAACAAAAGAUAAGGCACUUAGAAAAACAGAGGCAAGAGCUCCUGGAAGUCAAUCAACAAUGGGACCAACAAUUCCGAAAUAUGAAAGAGUUAUAUGAAAGAAAGGUCCUGGAGCUGAAAACGAAACUAGCGGCCACAGAAGACAUCCACAUCCUAGAGAAGAAACAGAAACAAAGCGUGGCAGAGGGCGACAGGCAGAUAGAGAAAGAGAAGGAAAGCCUAAGGGAAGAAUUGCAAGCGCUGAAGAGGGAGAAUAAGCUGUUGAAGGAAAAUAAUGCUCUCGAGAGUAGGAAGAAAGAACAUUAUGCAUGUGAAAUUAAACGACUCAAUAAGGCUCUUCAGGACGCCUUGGCAAUCGGGAGCUCUUCUCUUUCUGAGGGCUCAAGGAAGUGUAAAGGCAGGUGCAGCCAUGCAGAGCUGAGGCCAAAGGUGGAAAGUCACAAGCAGCAGCCAGAGUAUCAGUGGAAUGUCCUUAACCAGCUUCCUCCACAUGUACAGCACAAGGCACAUGACCACAAGGAGGGAGGUGCCACAUUUCAAAGGAAGAUCCCCUUUAGUGAUUCCUUCCUGGUUCUGGAAUACGGUGUGAUGAGAUUUAACCACUGUGUAAAAACUGUCCUGGCUCUUCCAGUGAUUUACACUGGUGCAUCUGGAGCCCAGGAACUUUUUCCUAGAGACUUCAUUUCUGUCAUAAUCAUGCAGUGCCUGGGCCACCAUAGAGACAACUCACAGGGAAAGAAGAAGAAGAAGAAGGAAGAUGGAGAAAUAAGCAAAAGGGCAAAGGACGGCACCUACCUGUCAAAAUCCCAGGCUAAGGAAAUAUCUGUCAUUAUUCUCCUGAAAUAG